AUGCUUUCCCGUACUGUGGUGAGAUCAGCUACCAGAUCUUCCAGUGCCGGUGUUUCCCUUGCCCUCAGAGGCAGAGCUUCGCCUCUUCGCUUUCCAGCGCCAUCCGGCCAACAUCAAGUCCUUUUACCUGAUACGCGUCUGGGGCAAACGAGAUUUAUCUCAGCAUAUGGCUAUACGCAAUCAAAGGCUCUAGUCUAUUCGCGAUAUGGUGAGCCGAAGGAUGUUCUACGGCUUCACAAGCAUUCGAUCUCUCCUCCUCAUGGGACACAAGUCACUCUCCGUCUUCUAGCGGCGCCUUUGAACCCGGCCGAUGUGAAUCAGAUUCAAGGGGUAUACCCAAGCAAACCGCCGUUCCAGACCACGCUGGGCACAAUGGAACCGUCUGCCGUCGCGGGAAACGAGGGCGCAUUCGAGGUCAUUGCCACUGGCUCCAACGUCAAAAAUCUUGCCAAAGGCGACUGGGUCGUAAUGAAGCAGACAGGACAAGGCACCUGGCGCACCCACGCACAAUUAGAUGAAUCACAGGUGAUCAAGGUUGAAAACAAAGAAGGUCUGAGCCCGCUUCAGGUCAGCACAGUCAGUGUCAAUCCGGUGACUGCCUACCGAAUGAUCAAAGACUUCUGUGACUGGGAUUGGAUGCGGGCCGGAGAAGAGUGGCUCAUCCAGAACGGAGCAAACAGCGGUGUUGGACGAGCUGCAAUCCAACUUGCACGCGAAUGGGGCAUCAAAACGAUCAAUGUUGUUCGCGAGAGAAAGACACCCGAAGAAACUGAUGCUCUGAAAAAGGAGCUCUAUGACCUUGGGGCCAAUGCAGUGGUUACUGAAUCCGAGCUGCUGUCUGGAGAAUUCAAGAACAUGGUGCGUGAAUUCACCCGCCAAGGAAAGGAGCCAAUUCGACUAGCCCUCAACUGCGUGGGCGGUAAGAGUGCCACUGCCCUGGCGAAGACCCUUGCUCCAGGUUCACACCUGGUCACUUAUGGUGCCAUGUCGAAACAGCCUGUCGCCUUGCCAUCUGGACUUCUGAUCUUCAAGAACCUUGUUUUCGACGGUUUCUGGGUGAGCAGAUGGGGAGAUAAACACCCUGGGCUCAAGGAAAGCACAAUUAAUGAUGUGCUGAAGUUGACUCGAGCCGGAAAAUUCAAAGAUAUCCCGGUGGAAUACAUCAGAUGGACCUGGGAAACCGAAGGCGCUGAGCUUGCUGCAGGUGUGCAGGACACUCUAAGUGGAUUCCGCAAAGGUAAAGGCUUGUUAAAAUACGAAGGGGACGAAUAA